UAGUAAUUACUAUCCAUUCAUUCCUUCAAACAAAGGUAUCUCUUACUGUCAUAUUUUUUCUAACAAAGAAAUGUAUAUUUUUGCUUGAACGUAGGCUCAUUUAAUCAGUUUGGUAUAACAGGUAUGCUGAAAGGAUCAACAAGUGUUUUCUUUGCUUAUAUUGGAUUCGAAUCAGUAGCAACUGCGGCUCAAGAAGCAGAUAAGCCAUCACGAACACUGCCUAUUUCUCUCAUUGGUUCUCUUGUUAUUUCAAUGCUAAUUUAUUUGGGUGUUAGUACUGUUAUGGUUGGACUUAUUCCAUACUAUUUAAUAGAUGAAGAUAAUCCACUUACUGAUGCAAUAAAAGCUACACCUUAUGGUCUUUGGUUAUUGAUUAUUAUGGAUCUUGGUGCUAUUGCAGGUGUCACAACUGUAGCAUUAACAAUUUUACUUUCACAAACUCGUAUAUUUUAUGCCAUGGCCCAUGAUGGUCUAUUGCCACCAAUAUUUGCUAGAAUACAUUCUCGUACUAAGACACCAUGGAUUUCGAUACUCAUUAGUGGUGCUGUGUGUGCUGUAACGGCUGGUAUAUGUCCAGUGGAUAUUCUUGGUGAAACAACAUCGGUCGCUGCUCUAAUCACAUACUUUUUCGUACAUGUCAGUGUUAUUGUAAUGCGUUAUACACAUUCAGAUAUGCCAAGAACAUUUCAAGUACCAUUGGGCAAGUGGCCAAUACCAACAUUGGGAGCUCUCCUGUGUCUUCUGCUUUUGACGCAUACAUCAACGCCCGUUGGUAUUCGAGUUGCUAUCUUCAUGGGAAUUGGUCACAUUAUUUAUUUUUCAUAUGGCUUUUGGCAUUCUAAGAGACGACUACGAAUAAGACAAGAAUCGAUGACUAAUCUCACCGCAGAUCUUCAAACAGUAGAAAAUACAUAUAUGAAUCAUGCAUACACUAAUUCUGAAACAAACUCAAUCGACGAAACCACAGCAUAA